UGUCACGGGCAUGUCCUCUCCCCCGGUGUCGUCACGUCCGGUCGGUGGAACGCAGGGCGGGGGUCGCCGGGUGAUGAUGCGAUAUCGGUGCGGCUGGCUGUGAUGGCGGAGCUCCGGGAGUUGCAGUGCCGGCUGGAGGAGGUGGAGAGGCGGCUGUACGGGGAGAGCGGAGUGCCGGCCAGGAAGGUUGCGGACGGGUUGUUGAAGGUCCAGGUGUCUCUGGGGAACCUCGCCGGGAAGAGGGAGCGUGUGAAGACCCUGUACAAGAAGAUUGACGAUCUGAUCAAAUAUUUGGAUCCUCACUACAUCGAUCGAGUGGCCGUUCCCGACUCCAUGAAACUGGAAUACAUCCUGGCGGAGGAGCCGUAUAUUCUGUCCCAGGCCGCCCUGCUGGAGCAGCUCCAUUCCUUGCAGCCACUCCUGGACAGCGAACACAUCAAAGCGGUUCCAGCUCAGGUCUCCAGGUUACAGACCCUGUCCCAGAUCCACAUCCAGCAACAGGACCAGUGUGAGGAGAUCUCUGCUGAGACCAAGAAGCUGCUGGAGGACUAUAACAAGCUUACUCUUCUCCUCUCCAAACAGUUUGUCAUGUGGGAUGAGACUCUAAUCAAGAUGGAGGCAGCCAAACAAGUGAAACCUGCAUCCGAGUGA